AUGAACUCGUUUAGUAGUUUAGAAUUUGAGGAAGCUAUAGGGCAACAAUAUUUACCGAAAUUCAUAGUCUCAGCAACAGCAGCUGAAGAAUUACAACAGAAGCUCUGUAGCACAUCAACGCUUUCAGUAGUAUUUUUGGACUCAUGCAGUGCUAAACAACAGCAGCAAUUAAAAAUUGUAUCGUAUACAGUUGACCAUCAUUUUCCAACGCUGAUGCUUUUCGUGUCGAAUGAAUAUCCAGAUUUGCACAGCCUCUUUCAUUGGUGCUGGCAACAAGGUUUUGUAAAUGUGCUCUUCUUGGCGAGCGACAGUUAUUCGCUUUUCACAUACACGCAUUUUCCGCGCUUGGCUUGGUUCAACACCACAGUUGCCACAUACUUCGAGCAUCACUAUGGGCAGCGGAAUUUCAAGGGCUACCCAAUUCGCUUCUCCGGCGGUAUACAUCUGCCGCGUUCACUGGUAUUCGAGAAUAAGAACGGAGAUUUGGUGAUUAGCGGCAUAUUUCCAAGCAUACUAGAGCUAUUUGCGCGCGUGCACAACGGAACACUGCAGCAUGUCAAAUUAUCUGAGAAUUACACAUUGUUCGAUUGCUUUCGACUCAUCGCCGAAAAGAGAGUCGAUUUAUGCUCUGAACAGUAUUACUUUGAACUAUGGCUAUUGCUCGCCUUCACGCUCAUCUCACUAACUAUAGCGUUGGCAUUUGUUUCGUGGUGUCGCAACUCCUGCUGGCAUAUCGGUCUUAUGUUUCUCGAAAUACUCGCCAGCAUACUUUUUUCACCGUUUCGCUUACGUCAAUUUGCUGGAAUUACGCAAUUCUUGCUUUACAUACAACUAGUCGUAUUUGGCUUUCUAAUCUCCAUGCUUUAUUUGGCUUUCCUCUCAAGCAUUUUCAGCGCCCAUAUCGAUGAGAAAGAAAUCCAAAGUGUGGCCGAUUUGGAGCAACGCAAUAUUUCAAUACUAGUUGACAAAGUCGUUCUUGAUAUUUUCGAUAUUUACAAGACUCCUAGAGAUGUGAAUGAACGCGUAAAGGUGGUGGACCAUGCCGAGCUCGUAAAGCGCCAGUUGGCUUUGGAUACGCGCUAUGCUUAUUUUUGUACCACUACUAAAUGUAACGUGAUUCUGUAUCAACAAAAAUUUAUGACAAAGCCGAGAUUAUGUCGGAUAAAAGCGCCCCUAUUGUGGGUGUGGAUCGGUAUACUAAUACGAAAAAAAACUUUCAUUGAAGAUUUACUAAAUAUACAUUUAAAGCGUUCUUUUGAAACGGGCAUCUUUAAGCACCUAGAGGAGCAAAGCAAUGAAGAUGCAAUACGCAUGAAACUCAUAAAAUUCUAUACGGAGACGGAAAUGGACGCGACCCCCUUAAGUAUCGACUAUUACAUUGUGCCCAUUAUAGCGCUGAUGGUAGGAUAUACCAUAGCGUCAGUGGCCUUUGUCUGUGAGUUAGUCAGAUACCGGUUUUCGGUAAAAAUGUGA